AUGCAGAGGAAGACUGCUGGGAGCGCCAGCUCAGCGGUCGGUACGGGUAUCGCCGCUGCGCCCCAGGAGGACAAAUCCCCGCACCCCUCCCACCACCACCACCACCACCGCAUCCCCGGGACCGCCGCCGCCGCCGUCCUGGACACGGUCCUCCCCCGCUCCGUCACCCGCCCGCCUCUCUCACUGGGACGCAGGGACGCGCGCGCCACGGACGCCGACUUCCUGCGGGCCUCCAGUUCCUUGGUGAGGGGUAAUUCAGUGAAGGCCUUCCUUCGCGUUUCGUGGCGAGGUUGUCUCCGUGUGAUGUGUUUGUCCGUCUUUGGUGGCUUGGGUGCAGGGAAGGACCGCGCGUGGGAGCGGCCGGGGAUCAGGGCCAUUAAGGGCGAUGAGGAUUUGCUUCGAGCACUUUGGUGCGUGCUCCGCACCUGCCAAGCUUUUAGUUUUUCAUGGCCGUUUCGUCUGAUCCUAGCGGGGAUAUUUUGGGGGUUCUCUGUUGACAUCAGUGUGUUGUCAUCAGGUGGCUGGGGUGGUGACCUCGUGCAAGCCAAACGGGCUCGGAGAUCUCUUCUUGAUUCUAAAGCUAAGCAAGUGAUUUCAUCUAGUACUACUGAAAGAAGUCAAGGUGGAGAUUCUACCAGCAAUAUAAUGAUGAAAAUUUUUGGUCGUGAAGACAUGAUGCCGAGUAACAAUGAGAUGACAGGUACUGAGGUUUCUCAUGAACACCAUGCAACACCUGAUUCAAGUAAUAGCGCUUCAACGUGGGAUAUUUAUGGUGGGUUUAGUGUAGGAAGUAACCAGGAGGGUAAAUUGCUGGUAGGAGAUACACACAACAAGCAUACAUCAAGCUCCAGUACUGAUGAGCAUCCCCAGCAAAAUUUGAGCAUUCCAAACACUACAGGUUGCUUCUCAACCCCAAAAGAAAAUGUUAAUACCAGCAGCGGAUCACUUCUCAAACGCAAGAGGGCUGUAUCAGAAUGGACAGAGGAGCAGCUUUCUGAACUGUUUGCUGACUACUAG